UAACAAGAAACGCUUGUGUUUCAAUAGACUGUACUUCAUUAUAAAAAUAGACGGUGAGAGAUUCAUGCAGUGGCAUGAAAAAAGAAAGAUAAAUACUUUGAAAAAGUAACUUAAAGUGUUAACUGUGAUUUAGUGUUUAAAAUAUGAUAAGAUAGUGUUUUCAUUUAUAGUGAAAUUUUAUAUAGAGAGUAAAUUUUUGUACUGAACUUUACAUGACAGAGAAAUGGCGAAAGAUUUAUCAGAAAAAGCUCAACAAAGCAAGGGAGAUGGGGAUGCGAUGAAGAUACUAGAAGACGCUUUAACGCUGUGCAAAUUUGGAAAAUUCCACUUCUUGCUGCUGGCUGCGUCACUAUGUUCCAUCUUCGCCGCCAUGUUGGUCACCACGACGUCCUCAUACAUUCUGCCGGUCGCAGAAUGUGACCUGAAAAUGACCAUAAUGUAUAAAGGAUUGCUGAAUGCGAUACCUUUUCUAGGACAAAUUGGAGCCAGUCUCUUCACAGGGUUUUUAGUGGAUACUUUUGGAAGGAAAAUAUUUCUAAUAGGCGGAAAUGUGGGCAUAUUUAUUGGUACUUUACUCGAGGGAUCGAGCCAAACUUAUUGGAUGAUGUUAUUUAUAAAACUCAUUGAAGGUAUAUCAUUAAGUUUGAGCUUCAGCGCAAUAUCAUCGAUGCUAUCAGAGUUCACGCCUAUUAGCAUAAGGGAUAGAGUUCUGUUGACGUACUCCGGCUUUACUUCUACCUCGUUAAUAGUAGCAGCACUCCUUGCCUGGGCUUCACUACCCCUACCUAUACACAUAGUGGUGUGGGAGGGAUACUUUGAACUACAUGCAUGGAACGUCUACCUCUACAUCUGCUCGAUAUGGAGUUUUCUGGCGAUGAUAUUGUACUAUUGUUUACCGGAAAGUCCCAAGUUCCUUCUAUCCCACGCCCGUGAAAAAGAGGCCUUGGAAGUGCUGAAAACUAUAUACAGUAUGAAUACUGGAAACGAUCGGGAUUCUUUUCCUAUACUAUCGUUCAACACAUCUGGAACUCUUAAGCCGACUGAUGUGAUAAGUCUUAAAAAACAACUGGUGAACGCCCUUGUUGAAGUAAAAGAACUAUUUAGGCGACCCCUAAUUUAUAGGCUUUUGCUGUUCUCAUUUAUUACUUUUGCGGGACUUAUUGUUUUUACGUCUCUCAGGCUAUGGUAUCCUCAGAUAUCAACAAUAAUAGAAAACUAUAGCAAGAACCAUGGUGAGACUGCCCAGUUCUGUGUGAUGAUAACAGACUAUAUGGACGGGCUGAAAGAAACGCCUUCUGAUGUUAUAUUGACUAAUAUAACUGAACCGAGUGUCUGUGUGCCGAAACUGAGCGGUACACAAACAUACAUGAACGGGAUAAUAUUAGGGUUCGUCUCACUUAUGUUUGUGGCAAUCAGUGCUUUCCUGGUGGAGUAUUUGGGGCAGAAAAUUCUUAUGUUUAUAAUACUGAUACUAUCCGCCUUAUGUUCCGCGUCAUUGUACUGGACUAAUCAGUCCAUACAGAUCGCUAUAUUGAUGUCAGCGACCUGUGGACUUCUGCAGACUGCACUGAGUCUCCAACAGAAUAUGUUCAUCAGAGUAUUUCCCACUACGUUACGAGCGUUAGCUGUAUCAAUUAUAAUCAUGGUUGGACGGAUUGGGUCUCUGUCUGGGAAUAUUAUUUUUCCAAUAUUGCUGCGCUUGGGAUGUAUGGCGCCGUUCAUUACAACCUCCUGUAUAGCAUUGGGUCUGGCAUGUCUGGUUUACUUUCUGCCGAAUGUAAACAAGGAAAACAAAGAUACAGGCGACAAGUAAACAAGGCAAAUAUUUGUACAAGUAUUAUUAUGUUACAAAUAUUUGUGACUAACUCCACUGGCGAAGCGCGGGGACACGAUGGUCCGGACGACAGAUUUCAGAGGGCGUCAUUUCAGAACCAAAAGUCAGCUCAAAAAGGCACAAGACACCUUUUAAA